AUGUUUGAUCCUCUCUUAUUUGACCCUCCCCUUCUUCCCAGUGUACCUAAUCCAUCUGCUGAUAGAACAGAGCCUUGGGGGCAAUCUGCACAUGCACAGUUUGGUAGUUUUUUUUUCUUAAGAGGGUGCAUGUGAUCAGCACAGGGCCAAUCAGUACUGUUCAGACAGAGAGUCAGGGGUCCUGCAGCCUCAUUGGAAAACUCCUCCUACAAGCUUUAACCAGUGCUCUGCUGGACAUGAUAGAAGCCACAAGACUGCUCGAACUGAUGAUGAUUAAAGGUAUUUAGCAGUUUAUAUUUACUAA